UAUUUUGUUGUUUUCCUUUAUGUGCUGCUCUGCCUGCACACCCCAGUAUAGAGAGAGCUGUUAUCAUCCUCUUAGAAUUGCACAGCUGGAAGGGACCCUAUGGAUCAUUGGAGUCGCAGUGGGGGGAUUUGAACUCUGAACCUCUGGCUCUGCAGCCAUUGGCCCAAACCACUGACCUUUCCAGCAGUUAUAACCAAUAACAAACGAACAACAAUCAAAAUAAUAAAAAUCCUUCACCUGAAUGAUAAAAGCGGCAAAGAAAAAUGAGCCACAACCUGAAUGCCACCAAGCAUUUUUCCUCUUUUAUACCUUACCAUGUUCUUCUUAUUAGGGGAUUAAAAAGCAAGCAGGAAGAAGAAAGGAAAACACAACAUGGCCUGUUCAGAUUUAAAUGACUUAUGUGCUCAUCUCAACACCAAGAUUUCAAAUAUCAAGAAGUCACUUCAGUUGAGAAAGAUAGACCAGGAACCAUCUUUGAAGACAGUUCUUAGUAAGGUAGUCCAUGAGAUGUUUCUCUUAAACAACCUCCUCAACAAGGUGGAGCUGGAAUGUCACCAUCAGGAGAGGCAACUCCAUCAACUCAAGGAGCUGCAAGAAACUCUAGAAAGGGACUAUAACGAAGCCCGGCACCUUGGAGAAAACAUGCCAAUUCACCUUCCGAAAGCCAACCCAAGCAGUGCUAUGAGCAUAAUUGUAAAGAAUGAGCAAACCAAAGACGCUGAAGUAGCGCAUGUAAAGAAGCAGGCAAAAGAGGCCAAGCGCAUUAAGGAAGCAUCCUUCAUAACAUCAGAAGAGUUUGAGAGUGUUCCUGCGUACAUGCGUGGCCGACUCACUUAUAACCAAGUGAAUGCCGUCAUUCAAGAAAUUAAUAAGGCCGUGGUGAGCAAGUACAAGAUCAUGCGCCAGCCUACCAAAUCCAUGUCUAGUGCCGUCCGCAACCUUUAUUUCAGAUUCCAGGAAGAAGAAAACAAGAAUACAAAAGGUGAAUUCUUUAUUGUGGAGGCUGAUAUUGAAGAGUUCACACAGCUGAAAGCAGACAAACGCUUCCAUGCCAUCCUAACCAUCUUGCGACAUUGCCAGAGAGUGCGAGAGAUUCGGGGUUCACGCCUCGUUCGCUACGCCAUUUGCUGAGGCACCCUGGAACUUUCCUGGACUUGGGGAAGGGUGUGCACACGGAUCAUUGUGGGUGGUUGGCCCCAUUGAUGAUUGACACAGCAUGCCUGACUCCCUCUUUUCCUCCUCCUUCUUGAUUCCUAAUACAGUGUUUUUUCUGUGUAUCUGGUUUAAAAAAAUUAGGAUUGGAAAUGUCACUGUGUUCCCUUUUUUUGGUAAAGCCUUUUUUUGGCUUUUUAAAGUACGAGAAUUACUGAAAUGACAAUAAAGGAGUUAAAGUGCUGGCAAAAUCAGAGUCUUUGU